CAGCGCCAGUGGCGCCCCAUCUGGCAAAACCGAACCAAGUUAAUUGUGUACUUCCGAAGAUAAUCUUUAAAUAUUGAAAAAACACUGUUCAAUAAUCUCAAACGCGAAACAAUACAAUCAGAAUAAUUAACUACACAAUCUUCGUCACUCAACAAAACAGUUCGGUAGUUGUAAAAUGUGCAGUGCAAUUUAAAGGAAAAGUCGAUUUGGUGACAGGGUGUAUAUCGAAUAGUUUUUAACAAGACCGAUAGAGGAUUCGCGAUUAGACUCUAUAAAAUAUUAGCCAGAUUCUAUUUUUAAAAUAUGCUUGUGUAGAUUUGUGUUGUAUUCUACUAAUAUAUACCUAUCUCAGUAAAGUGGGCUAUUUUUGAAAAUAUUUAUGUAAAAAUAACUAGUGUCCAUGGGCUUGUAAAAAUACUAUAGGGAGCCAUUUUUUAGUCUACAUAUUUAAUUUUUUCUUUACUCGGGAAUAAAGUUGAUUCGAGCCUUCGGUGAAGUGAUUUUGCGAACGCGCUUGUGAUAAAAAUAUGCGAAAAUCUAUUUUUCACCAUGAGAAACGUCUCCUGAGAUUGUAAUGUUUUCUUCUCCCAGCUAUGGAAGUCUAUGAUUUGGAGCUCCAGGAAUAAGUUUUUGGGUAGGGUGAAAGCCACGGUGGCGUCAGGCCCAGAGUGUGGCCCGGUGGCCGCCGACAAGGGGGCCGAUUGUUGGUGGUCCCCACUGGCGGCCAUGGGCUGCUUCGGGAAUAGGGACGCCGCCCAAACGUCCGAAGACAUUCGUUCUCAGAAGCGCAUAAGUGACCAAAUAAACAGGCAGCUCGCCAAAGAGAAACAAGUGUACCGUGCCACGCACCGACUGCUUCUUCUGGGGGCGGGCGAAUCGGGAAAGUCGACGAUAGUGAAGCAGAUGCGCAUUUUGCACGUUAACGGAUUCAGUGAUAAGGAAAAGAAACAGAAGAUCGAAGAUAUCAAAAAGAAUAUUCGUGACGCUAUUAUUACCAUAACGGGGGCAAUGUCGACGCUUAGCCCACCAGUAGCUUUAGAAAAACCAGAAAACCAAGUCAGAGUGGAUUGGAUUCAGGAUUGCGCAACAGGUCCUGAUUUUGACUAUCCUCCAGAAUUUUAUGAUCACACUGAGGCCCUUUGGAAGGACAGAGGUGUACAGGCUACCUUCGAUAGAAGUAAUGAGUACCAACUCAUAGACUGUGCUAAAUAUUUCCUCGAUCAAGUUAGUGUGAUCAGAAGGCCAGAUUAUACACCCACUGAACAGGAUAUACUGCGUUGUCGUGUCCUUACUAGUGGAAUUUUUGAAACACUCUUCCAAGUUGAUAAAGUCAAUUUUCACAUGUUUGACGUUGGAGGGCAGCGAGACGAGCGCCGCAAAUGGAUCCAAUGCUUCAAUGAUGUGACGGCCAUUAUUUUCGUAACGGCGUGCAGCUCUUAUAAUAUGGUAUUGCGAGAAGAUCCGACUCAGAACAGGCUCAAAGAAAGUCUUGAGCUGUUUAAGUCAAUAUGGAACAACAGGUGGUUGAGGACCAUCUCCGUUAUUCUUUUCCUUAACAAGCAAGAUCUUCUUGCUGAGAAAAUUUUAGCAGGAAAGAGUAAAUUAGAAGAAUACUUUUCUGAUUUCCUAAGAUAUCAGAUUCCAGUGGAGGUCGCGAAUGAUUUCAACGAACACCCUGAAGUAUUUCGAGCCAAGUACUUUAUUAGGGACGAGUUUUUGCGCAUAAGUACAGCUUCAGGUGAGGGCAAGCAUUACUGUUAUCCCCAUUUUACAUGUGCUGUGGACACGGAAAACAUAAAGAGAGUAUUUAACGACUGCCGUGACAUUAUCCAACGUAUGCAUCUGCGUCAGUAUGAACUAUUAUAACCGCCCACCUCUAUUUCAAGCAUAUUUUUUGGUCUCCAGCGCUUAAUUCCUCCCUUUUGGCCGGCUAACAGCGUUCACAUCAGUGUACGUCGAUGUAGCAGCUACAAGAAGCGAAUGGCCAGUGAAAUAGCCAUUAUUUUUCGUUUCUCUUUUCAUCUCCAUUAGCUGAAAACUCAUUUUUAAAUAGUACUUGACUGUUUAACCCUUUCACGGCUACAUUUUGCUGGAAGACAUGCCCAGAAGGCAAUGAAAGUGAGAAUGUGCCUGUGUCGCGGAUCCGUGUCGCUCGUACUAUCUGAAAACUCAGCCUGACACGGGUCCGUGCCAUGCGCAGUGAAAGGUUAAAACUAUAACCGAAUAUAAAACAUUUUGGUUUGAUAAAAAAUAAUCUUUAUGGUCCAGGCGAUUCUAUAAAACUAUGGACGUUAAAUCAAUCUCAGACUAAAAGAAUAUCUAAGUAUUUUGGAUAAAUAUAUAUAAAUAGAGGAAAAUAUAUAAAUCUUUACUACAAAAAGAAAUUCGAUAUCUGAUCAAUUUUGAUUUAAAAAGGUAACUGUUUGCUCAAUUUACAAUGUUUAACAAUAUUUUGAUAUACUUUUUUAUCGAUUUUUUAAGCCCGAAACAAUCAGUAUGUCUAUUCGGAGUAAUUAUUAAACAUUUGUUAAAAUUACAGACAGUUGCGUUAUUUUGUUUACCGUGAAACAUUAAACGAUGUUUAGACAUGUUUAUGCAUUUACAAAUACAAAAUUCUUAUCUAUCCUUGAUAGUGACAUUGACAAUUGAUAUUGACAGUUGACAUUGACAAUGACGUUGUAGUAUAUGUGUGCAAAACCUUUCAUAUAAAUUUAAUGUGCCAUUUUUUCAAAGGGAUCGUACAUAUGUAGUACAAUGUAGUAAAACGCAUUGAAAAAUUUAUUUAGAAGAUUGAAAAGACAAAGAAUUGUACAAAAAAUAGCUAACUUAAAAGAAUUAAUAAUGUGAUCAAAAUAAAGAUUUGAACAAAUUGUUCUCAAUAUUGCUUCACAAUAAUUGAAUUUAAAAAUGAUAAGUAAUACAGAAUGUUCCACAUUGUGUUAAAGCUUUUAUUUAUCAUUUGCAUAUUAUUAUUUGUUUAUUUUACCUUGGAAACGGAUACCAUAAACACACUUGUUAUAUUCUAGGGAGGGCAUAAAAUUAUGGCAUAUUUGUUAUGGCCUAUUAGGUCCUGUUAUGCAGUGAUGAGUGCGCUCAAUAACCGGCAAAAUAGCGUAAAAUGUGGAAGACAUAAUACGUUGUGACUAAAAAGAGAAGAAACUGGUAGAGGUGAUAAAUUAUCAAUAGAAACCUAUAAAUUUACAUUAUAUUGAUAGUUUCCCACCUUUAGACGUAUCGGUGGAGUUUAGCAACUGCCACUGUGACAGGAGAAUUUUAUAAAACUUAUUUAUUAUGAAAAUAAGAUUUUCACAGUAACUGGCACUGUAUAAAACCCUUUGACACUGCAGUAUAGCAACCAACCCUUUAUGGUUUACCUCAUUUUUAUAUUCAGUUAAAAAUGGAGAGUUCCAUAAAAAGGUAGCUUUUGAUGUGUCACAGUUUUUGGAGAUCUUAAAUGCCACAAACAUAUUUUAACCAGAUUCACCGACAUAGAUGACUUUGUAACAAAAAUGAUGACUCUCCCUGUAUAUUAUAUGAGCUAUACGCAAUAGAAAACUGAAAAAAGAAGCUGAAAAUGUUAAGGAUUAAUUUUUGGGAUGUAUGGUACAGCUCUUAUUUCAUAUUUGCCCUACAUGAUUGUAGUAUAUAAUACACAAAUAAAUAAACAAGGGGUUGGACUUCGUAAGUCCUAGGUAAUGAAAGAAAUAUAAUCUACAAAUAAUGCAAUUUAACAUUUUGUAGAUUAUCUUUGAAACCGGAAAUGAUUGAUUCUCUUGGACUGAUUGUGUUUCAUUUAUGUUAAUUCUCCCCUUGUUUGACCACGUCUCGAUUUUUUGCAAGGAUGACAGCAUCAUCUGAAAACGUACCAGUGAUGGUUUCAUUAUCGGAGGGUAGAUCUGCUGAUCUGCUGUGUAAAGCACAUAUAAUAUUGGUGGGUCACCAGAUAUUAUGGAAUAAUCAUUGGCAUUACUUUCAUUCACUCUUGUUUGGAAUUGUCUCUCACUUUGAAUUCCCUCUUGUCUUCUUCGCUUCAGCAUCCAUCUGGCUUGCAUAUUGUAGAAGCCUUGGAGGUGUUACCAAGGAAAUGGACCAAAAAGUUUUCAUUUAAAAAUCUUUUAGUAAUAUUUUUAAUAUUUUUCAAUAUUAUUAAUGUUGCUAUUAGAAUGAAAACUUUACCUUACCUUUUAGAUUUUAACAGUUUCAGGUAGGCGAUGGGAAGAUAUUUCUUGAUUUUGAAAAUCAGGCCUGUGCCAAUCUAUGACUAACAUCUAGAAAGGCAGCUGUGCAGUACUGUUUGCUUUCUAUUGCAGAAUUUAUGGGGUGUACUAUUCUAUGAACCUGCUCUAUCAUUGAGUGUUCUUUUCAAAAGCCAAAUUAGUUGUUGGGUAUCCAUUCCUCCGUGGUGAGGUCAGAAUAGUAAUUUAAGAGUAAAAUAGCACAAAGUAGGAAUAUUGUGAGCACAUUUGUUAUACAUUUACCUGAAAACGUUUUGACCAUUCAGAUUUUGAGAAUAAUCCUUUGCUGUAAGAAAACAAGUGAAAGGAUGUAGACAUAAGUAUUUUUUGUACAAAACUUAAAAAAUAUCAAAUGAAAUAAAUUAUAUCGUUAAAACCACACUGAUAUAUAACCACACUGAUAAUUCCAAUAGAGAAUUCACUAGCGACGAUUAUUUUUGAUUUUAAAUUUGGACUGUAAUCAUUAACAGUUCUUUUAUGAUUGUACCCUUUUUACUACAAAAACGCGUUUACUUCAGUCAAGAUUUCUGACGCCAGAGUACUGCCAAAAUAUUAUAAUGUGACUUUUCUUAUCGCCAUCUUUAUUGUGUAGUGAGAAGUUAGGCAUCAUUACUUGUCAGAUAUUUUUUUUGUUCUUGUUUAAAUGUUUACUGUACAAAUAAUAUCUAUUAUUCUUUAUUCUAAUUAAUGAUGUCAAUCGGUUUUCAUUAAUUGCCGAAAUAUAUUAAUUAAAAACAAUAUUAUCAUACAUGAUAUCGAGAAUGAACUAACAUCGGAAGUAGAAAUCAACUCGGGAAUCAGACAAGGGGAUAGCUUGAGCCGAUUGCUUUUUAAUUCAGUAAUGGACAAAAUCAUAAACAUUAAAAGUACAGAAGAAGGAUAUAAGAUGGCAGAAAUACAAAUAAAAAUCCUCUGUUAUGCUGACGACGCUUAAUCUCCGAUAACCUACAGUUAUCUAACCUACAGUACACUGCGAUAACGGUCAUGGCAAGACCCCACUUCACCACGGUGGCGUCCACCUACUUAGGCAUAGUUCCACCUCACCAACGGUGCAUCUUUGCCAAUCGGGCUGUUGUUAGUUCAACACGCUAGCAACGACUAAUUUUCUCAUUCUCCUGGCUCACCUUAAAUAUGCUCUCGAUGCCACUACUCCUUCUGUUUCCCCCAGCGGUGCUAUGCUCCAACACGGCUGCUCCUACGGUUGUCUCUGGUCGACCGGCCCAUCGCUGGCAUCAUAUCAUUACAACCCAUAAGAUGCAAAUUAGUAAUUAACAACGAACUAAUUGAACAAGUCUCGAGAUUCGAAUAUCUGGGAGUCGAAAUAUGUAGUUAUGGUGAUGUUAAGUAAGCAAAUGAAGCUAAUUACGUGUCAGGAUGUCUGAGGGAUGUCAUCUGGAGAAAUAAAGAUGUGAGGCUGGAAGGGAAAGAAUGCAUAUACAAAUCAUGUGUAACACCGAUUAUGACGUGCACGAUAGAAACAAGAUGUGACACAGCAGAAAGCAAGAUGAUACUGAGCACAUCAGAAAUGAGAACGUUGAGGUCAAUAACUGGCAAAACACUGAGAGACAGAAUACCGAACGACAGAAUAAGAGAUCUCUAUAACAUACAAGAUAUAGUACGGUGGGGAAGACAGAGCCGAUGAGAGUGGAAUCAGCAUGUGAUGAGAAUGGACAGCGAGAGAAUAGCCCGUAUAGCCAGGGAUUCGAAGCCAACAGGCAAGAGACCAAUAGGAAUGCCCUUUAAAAGGUAGCGAGAUAGCUGCCAAUAAACAUCACAGCUACGAAUAUAAGCUCAAAAUCGGUUAAGAACGGGUCAAGCGGCCUAAUAUAAAAAGAAGAAGAAGAAUAUUAUAGUGUAUAAUGUAUAAAAUAGAUCAUUUAAUAUUUUAAAGCUAAAAGUGACAGAUGCAUGUCCUGACUAGUAUUUAAUGCAAGUAAAAUAUAGGUUAGCACGAGAUUGUUUAUAAAGAAAUAAUCGCUUUGGAAUUUUUAUCUAAAUUAUGUGUUCACGGGUACUUUAUUAUUAUUUAUAUUACUAACCUAACACUAAAAAAUAAAAAAAUACUAAAGUAUAGUUAUUGAAAUAAAAAUACUUUUUAUUCGUAUAUUUUAUAAUAUUUUAUUCGUAGAUAUUACAUGCAUCUGUCAUAAAAAUGUCAGCCUUAAAAUAUUAAAUAAUCUUAUUUUAUUGAUUAUACACUAUAAAUAUUGGUAUUAUUGUUAAUUAAUAUAUUUCGGCAUAUUAAUAUAUUUCGGCAAGUAAUGAAAACCGGUUGUCAUCAUUAAUUAGAAUAAAGAAUUUUAUACAUUAUUUGUACAGUAAACAAAAACAAACAAAAAUAUAUCUGACACAUAGCUUAAGAAGUAUGGUCAUAAUGAAAAUCAUAUUCUAAUCUUUUGGCAAUGCUUUGACGUCAGAAAUAUUGACUGUCAGCGUGUUUUUGUAGUAAAAGGGGUAUACAGUAGGAAAAAUUAAAGAAUACCCAUGAACGAACAUAUAGAAGACGCUGUAUUUUCCUGUCACCAUGUCACAAAGACAAUUGCUCAGCACAAGUACACGUAAUAAUAAUUAUUACAUGUACUUGCGCUGGGCAAUUUUCUUUGUGACACGGUGACAGGAAAAUACAGCGUGUUUUAUAUGUUUGUUCAUGGGUAUUCUUUCAUUUUUCCUACUGUAUAUACUUUUUGUUAUAUUAUAUCCUUUUCGCGAUCCGUUACACUAUUACGACUUAGGAAUAAAUAGGGAACGGACCUUAUGGUGGUUCUUCUUGAAAUUUUCUUGUACAUUUAAAAAUUCUGUAGGUAUUGUUUAGAAUGUGAUAACGUAGCAUUACAGCAUAUGUGUAUUAAUUAAUAUCUAGUAAUACGUAAUUUAAAAAACGUCACGAUUAAAAAAACUGUAAAAAUAAAUGUUUAAGUAAAAAUAUUAUACCUAAUUGUAUAUUGUAUAGAACUUCACAAAUUAUCCUUUAUUUUUCAAGCAAUUUUCUCGAGACAAUUUAUUUUUUGAUAUUCUACAAUUUUUAUCUAAAAUUCUGUACCUAAAGUGUAGAUAAAAAAUUCGAAACACGCUAGAGAGUAGUAGUACAGUCACUGAAGGUGGAUAUGAUCUAUUACCUCCGAUUUCAGUGAGCCUCCAUCGAUUUUCAUGAAAAUUGGUGAGAGGUUAGAGGAUACCUCAAGAAUCAAGAGUGACAUGGUGCCAACUUGCGCUUUUAUCUUGUCGGUGGAUUCCACCCCAUCUCGGGGAUGGAAAUUAUUUUAUUAAAAGUAACCUCAUACAUUGACAGAGGAACAAAUUCUUAGUCUUCAUCGAAUAAACUGUUUUCGCAGCACGCUUUUCUUUAACGAAUGUGUUAGAUUUUUUCAAUUUUUUUUAUUUUUUGCUUUUUAGUUGAUUUUUUUAUAAUAUGUUUAAUUUUAGUCACUCGUAACUAAAGAAAAGCAUUUCUUAAAAAUAUUUUUUUUAUAUUUUUUCAUUUUUUACUUUUUAGUCUUACACUUUUCAAACAUUAAAAUAUAUCGUCAUGUUUAUUAAAAUAUGUAUAAAACAUAUGAUGUACAAACAUGAAAAGUAGUCGGAAUCGGCAAAAAAUUUGAAACUUUAUUGUUUAUUUAUGAAACAUAACGUAAACAAUUAACGUAAAAAGUAAAAUUAUGUAUAGUUCAUAUAAUUAGCUACAAUCUGUAAAAGUUUCAAGUUUCUUCAUUGUAAAAAACAAGAGAAUUUAACCAUUUUCCGUUAAAAUCGUUUUUUAUUGACUUUUCGUUUAUUUUUCCCGCGAAUGCAUGUCUGCAAAUUUUUAGUCAUUUGCAUUGAAGAAAAGGCAGUAAAAUUAACGUCCAAAGAUUUGACCCAAACGAUUGAACUAAAGAAAAGCGAAAUUAAUUAAUACGCCAAAACGAAUUCUAGUGGUUAUUGUAGCACAAAACGUCUCUAGCGGUGGUUUUUCUAACACUACGAUAAAAACACGAAUUUUUUGAAUUCGAGUUAUGGUUGAAGUUUUGUUUCGUAUCGUAUUGAAAUUUGACACGAAUAAACGCCGAUUUAUAUAUAAACAAAUAUACGAGCGUUUAAAAUUUGAAACUGUAUUGUUUAUUUAUGAAGCAUAACGUAAACAAUUAACGUAAAAAGUGAAAUUAUGUGUAGUUCAUAUCAUUAGCUACAAUCCGUAAAAGUUUCAAGUUUCUACAUGGUAAAAAACAAGAGAAUUUAAGCAUUUUCCAUUAAAAUCGUUUUUUUUUUUUAUUUAAACAAUUAAUAAAUAUAAAAAAAAAUUAUGUUGACUAUUAGUGUAUUGUUCCCGCGAAUGCAUAUGUCUGCAAAUUUUCAUUCAUUUGCAUUGAAGAAAAGUCAGUCAAAUUAAUGUCUAAAGAUUUGAUGCAAACUGUUGAAGUAAAGAAAAGCGUUUAAUAAUAACAGAAAAACGAUGCAUUUUAUAACAUAUACUUACUAAACCUGUCAAAGUACUUUGAAAUGUAUAUAAAAUGAACUCCCAAAGAAGUUUAUAGAAUUAAAAUUUAUGCUCCAAAAAUUUUUCAAAAUUUUCCUUUAAAUAUUUUUUCAAAAAAAUGUAAAUGAUUUUUUUGAAAAACAAAACAAUUUGAAAAGUAAUUUCAAAGGGCCCUGGUUACAUAGUUCUCGCAGUCAAAUUUAGGCUUUAAACGUUUCUAUCUCGAUUAUUUUUUACGCCACAAAAAUAAUAAAAUAAAAUAAGUAUAAUGUUUGCUAAAGAAAAAAACUAAAAUUUGAUCUUGUAUCAUGUUUUACGUAUAUCGAGUAUUUUUGGAGCUGUUAUCAAAAGAAAAUGAAAAUUACGAAAAUUUAAAUCGGAAUUUUUCAAAAUUAUGCAUUCUAAACCAGUCAAAAUUUUUGAUGUCAUUACUUAUGCUAAAAUAAAAAGGGUCUUAUAGGAAUUACUAGAAAUCUUAAUUCUUGUGGAAAUGACGUAUUUAUUUUUCACUUUUUCCUAAAAAAUUCGAAAGGAUUAUUAUCUCUUAUUUUCAUCAUAACUUGCUUACUUUUGAUGCUAUCAACUUCUUCUGGAACUCAUUUAAUAAGUAUUCUUGAGUACUUUGACAAGUUUUUAGUAAGUAAAUUUUAUUUUUUUAUUAUUAUUUUUUAUUAAAGUACAUCGUAGUUCCAUUAUAUAAGUUUGAAUAUUUUUUGUAUUCAAACUGAAUACUGAAGAUUUUUUUAUUGUCUUCAAUUUUCGCAAUAAUAAUUUUUUUGUAAAAACCGCUUUAAAUGCAUGGUUAAAUAUUUGAUCUUUUAUAACUCAAAAAGUAUUGAUUUAUUUUAAUAACUUGAAACAACUUUUGCUUAGAACUUGUCCCUCUAUCGAUUUAUGGAAUUAUUGUUUUAAAUAAAAUAAUCUUCACUUUCGAGAAGGGGUGGUAUCCGCCCCAGGAUAAAAGCGCAAGUUGGCACCAUGUCACUUUUCGUUUCUUGAGAUAUCUUCUAACUACUCACCUAAUUUUUAUGAAAAUCAAUGAAAGUUCAACGAAAUCGGAGAUGAAAACCUUCAGUUACUGCACUAUAGUUAGAUAAGAAAUAUAGCAACAAAUGUCUUCAUAGAUAUAUAUCGAUAAAAUUAAGAACAUAACUGCUAACUAGUACUUGUUUGUUGAAAGAAACAGUACAGUACAUCUUAUUUUUAUAGAAGCUGAAAGCAACAAGUCGGCACUUUAAUAUAUAUUAUGUAAGUGCACAUUUUGUGAUGAACUGGUUAUAGUGGAAGAUAUUUAAUACUUGCUCAAGUAUCAGAGAUCUGAAAGACGAAAUGUGUUCACUGUCAUAGUAGAAAUAAGUAAAAUCUUAAGAACUCUUUAAAAUUAAUACUUUAGGAACACAUGCUAGGAGAUAGCGUACAAAGUAUGGAUUAUAUGUGUUGCAUACUCUCUGACCAGUCGCCUGCCAACUAAAUCCACCCUUUCUUUGGAAAAGGCACCCCCGGACGAGUUCAAUCGGUGAACGAAAUAUUGGAAUGCCUUGCGUAGCUUGAAGAUGUGAGAGAGAAACUAAAAAAACGUUCUUACGUAUUGUUCUGAAGUUAUUUCUUUGGGGCAUCUUAUGCAAUUUACUAUUUUACUUGGGAAAUAAGUCACAAUUUAAGUAGGAAAUUUAAUUUACUUGACUUUUUGACUUGCACUUCGGAAAUCGGUAUCAAAUUACAGUAUUUUUAUAAUGUUGAACAAAUUAUAUCACUCGUCCUUAGAGGUCGGACUAAACAUAUUAACAUGAACAAGACGCAAAUAAUGACUGAUCUGGUGCUAAAUCGUAAUAUUGUUGUUGAUGGAAGGGAUAUUGAGCCGCGUGCAAGUAAUUGGGACAUGAAAUUCGGUUGGGCAGUGAUAACCCGACAUAUCUGAGCUCCCAUGUCUGGAGCAUAAUAUGAUGAGCCAGAGCAGCGUUUGGUAAAUUGAACUGUGGCGACACGCUUUAAUUACUAUUUUUGUUAAUUUUAUUUUUUAAUAACUUUUCUCAAAACGGUCAUAUAAAAUUAACAUUUAAUAUACAAACCAGAUGCUAAGAAAGUUUUACGAAACGAAAUGUAUCCCUAACCAUAUGUUUUUGGUGUGUUCAGUUUAACAAACUGAAUUCCCCAUAAAUUAAUUACCUUAUCAGACCUUAUGUCAACGCACUUUGGAAAUGCAUUCGAAGACGUUUCUUAAAACUACAGAAAGGUUGUGAGCUUUUAAAACGCCAGAUGUAGUAAUUUAUUGCCUUUUCUAGCCAUAUUGUAAAACCGCAAACAUGAUGACCGUGUUGUGAUCUCUGCAGUAUCGUCACGGCAGGCAGGCAGUUCAGACGCACUCUCGCUGUCAUCAAAUAAUAAACAACCCUCUUUACGAUAUGAAUAAGCAGGCCUUUUAACCAAAAUAAAAUAAAUAUUACUGUUCGUUGUUUACACUUAUUUUUAAUUGAUUCCGUUAACACCCACUAUCGGAACAGAACUAUGCAUUUAAAUCGGACUUAACUAUAUGCCUGAAAAGGAAAAUCUUUGACCAGUGUGUUGCCUUAUGGAGCGGAAACAUUAACACUUACAAAAGAGGUAGUGAACAAGAUUCGCGUAACUCAGAGGACUAUGGAGCACUAGAUGUUGGGUGUCUCCCUGAGGGACAGAAUCUCAAACGAAGAAAUACGUCGUAGAACAAAAACAACAGAUGCUGUCGAAAGAAUCGAGUCCCUAAAGUGCAAUUGGACAACACACGUUGCAGCAUUACCAGACAACCGAUGGACAAAACGUAUUGUCGAGUGGAUGCCACGAGAAGAAGCACUACUGAGCAGAGGAAGCCCACCAAUCAGAUGGACCGACGAUCUGAAGCUUAUCAGUAACUGGGGCAAGUCGCACAGGACAGAGACAUAUGUAAAGAGCUGAGGAAGACAUAAGUCCAGCAGUGGACGCGUACGGGUUGAUGAUAAUGAUGAUGACCUCAACCAUUCUGUUCCUAUCUCGCUCUUUCUAGAUUCUGUUUUUUCUAUAUUAUUUGCGUAAUUAGGUACAUAAAAGUAACAAUUAGAGAGUUGCUAAAUACUAAUCAAACAUCGUGAGUUAUUUAAAAAAAUAACUAUUUAAUACAAGUUUCACUUUUUAAUAAAAUCUCUUCAAAGAGUUUACCUAUUUCUAUCUUUUUUUUUUGAAAGCAUUUCGUUCUUAAGACAUGUGAUAUCUAUAAAAAAAAUCAUAUGAUUUGCCAGACGCUUCCAUUAUUAGAGUACCAGUGUGGUUUUAACUUAAUGAAACUUUUAAAAAGAUAAUGUUGAAUAUGUCAUAAUUUAAAAACAGUGAUUCGACAAGUAUUUUAUAAAAAAAAGUAAUAAAAACAGUAUCAACAAUUUAAAUAUAUUUUUUGUUGGUGUAUCUUUAGUACUAAAUAAAAAUUUUUAAUGUUUCAUGGUUAUAUUAAAUUCUGUUUUAAUGUAUAAUCUAUGAGUAAAGAUUUAUUUCAAGGGAGUCUAUAUGUCAUUAAUUAGGAGAAAAAAUCCAGGGCUUCAGCCUCUUUCCGAUAAUUCGGUUGUAUUAAUUUUACACUUGCUUUUUUAAUUUAUUUAUAAAAUUUUGUUGCAAUAAAUUAUUUUUCGAAAUAUAAUUUUAGUUCGAGAAGAGCAAGAGUUUGACAGAAAAAACAGGAUUUGUUAAAUAUGUAAAAUUUGUUUUUUAUUUAUAGGACCGAUUGUUCGAACUCUAAUCAAGAAGUUGAUUAUAUUUAAGUCCCUUUAGCAACCAUCAAAUAACAAAAUCCGUUGUUAUACGCCAAUGUCCAAAAUACGCCAAUUAGUUAAUUGCAAUCAAUGAUGUUAACUAUCAUUAUGAUAAUUAGCAUAAUUGAUUGAUUAAUUAAUUAUUAAUUAACAUAACAAUUAUUAACAUAAUUGAUUAAGGUGAAACAGUAGCGAUCAACAGGUAGCGAAAAUGCGUUCCAAGAUUGCGGCUGUAAUUUUGAAUAUUUUUUCGAGAUAUUUGGCACACGUAUUCGUAAUAUAAUAAAGAAUGGCGGUACAGAGCCCAAUGUGAAAAAUAUAUUAAUAUGUGGAAAUUACUCUGUAAUUAAAUACAAUAUUAAAAAAACGAGCCUGUACCGCCAUUAAGAACAAAAAAAUACACUUUCUUCAAAUAAACUUUUUUUAUCCGAUGCCUAGAUUUUGUGUCAUUUUGGAACUACAUACUAAUGAAAUAAACAUUUUUAGUAGUUCCAAAAUGACACAAAAUCUAGGCAUCGGAUAAAAAAGUUUAUUUGAAGAAAUUGUAUUUUUUUGUUUUUCUUAAUGGCGGUACAACCUCGUUUUUUUAAUAUUGUAUUUAAUUACGGAGUAAUUUCCACAUAUUAAUAUAUUUUUCAAAUUGGGCUCUGUACCGCCAUUCUUUAUUAUAUUACGAAUACGUGUGCCAAAUAUCUCGAAAAAAUCAAAAUUACAGCCGCAAUCUUGGAACGCGUUUUUGCUAUCUCUUGAUCGCUACUUUUUCCUCUUAAUUAAUUAAUCUCAUAAUUGUAAUCAAUUAUGUUUUCAGCAACCCAAUCAAAGUUGAUAGUAAUUAAAUAUUUGAUAAUGAUUUUUUGAUUCGAUUUUUGAUUAGCAUUCGAACAACCGGCCCAUGUCUGAUGACGAAUUCAGUAUUAAAAGAUUGCUUGAAGGAUGAUUAUGAAACUGGAAAUUUUGACUUUUGAACAGAGAAGAAGAAAAUUAUUUGUUGCAAUAAAAUAUAAAUAAAUUCCUCGAGGAUUUUAACUAAUGACGAAUUGAAUAGAAUGAUAGAAAAAUAGGGAUGGGGUGUUUGAUUAAUACACAAGGGAAAUAAGCAAAAAAUACCCUAUUCGGUAGUGUGAGAAAUUCAGGUAUUAUCUGAUUGUUUUUAGUUAUAGGCCUUUUUUUUUAAUUAUCAACAAUUUAGUAUAAAAAUACCAAUUUUCCGAUUGUUUGUGAAGCAGUUUUUUAAAGUUCAAAUAACUUUUAACAAUGAAAAAAAGUGUUGAUUGUUAAAAGCUUAAGAUUUGAGUUAAAAUUACCAAAACUUUAUCUUUUAAAAUAAAACAAGCUUUAAAAUAGCUGUCGCAAAAAGUUAUAGAUAAAAUUAUACUAUAUUUUUAUUUCUUUCAUAUUUAAAAAGUUGACAGUUUUACACGAAUUUAAACAAACAACAAAGUUAUACUAAAACGGUUAGGUAAAGAGUAGGGAUAAGAUUAUACUAAAACAGCAUUGUCUGUGAAGCCGAUGCCGAACUGCAGGAUGCUAGAUGGUGGCUUGGAGGGUGGAUUUUAAAGGUGGAUCCAAAGUCAGAAGUCAGUAUCCAACUGACUGCUAAGGAAUCGUUUGUUUCAUUUGUUACGUUACAUUUGGUUUGUUUUUUAGCAUAUCGUCAUAUUAGAGGUACAACUCACUCACUAAACUUUUCAGAAAGUGGAGAAAAAUCGAUUUAAAGCAAAAAUUGUUUUUCUAAAUUCACCUGACGAAUAUUGGAUUUUUUUCAAUGCAACUGCAAAGAAUAAAUAAAACAGAUAUUUUAGCCAUGUUUCGUCACAUAGUGGGUCUGCUGGGUUCCAAAUUGCCCUUCUUUUAUACACAGCACUUAUUACGCUUUCCUCCAUAGCGAGGCUACCCGGAUGGAUUAUCAAACACGACUGAUAUGGGCGGAUAGACGCCUGGCGGACCACCGGAUGGUUAGAUGAUAGUUGAAGGCCACUGCGGCUACUAUCGUCGUUUUGUUAUUCGUGGUAUAAGUAGCUGGAUGGUCGCCAGGCAGGCAUCUACCAUUCACCAUCCUGCCAAACUUCCUGCAGUGCGGCAUCGGCCUGAGUGUUAAAAAUGAGGCUGAAAUGAAGAUUAGUCUGACCAUGUUCCCAAGAGGGAACUAAAAGUUUAAGCGUUCAAAAAACUGAACUUCAAAAAAUAUUGUAAGUUUCUUCAUCUCCAGUUUUAGAGCCAUUUAUGUUUUAAAAGAUAAAGUUUUGUAAUUUUACCCCAAAUAAUAUUUUAGUGGUAAGCAAAAAAUCGAAAAAAAUUGUAUUUGCAUUUUUUACAUUAAAUUGUUAAUAAUUAAAAAAAAAGAUGCCGAAAUAUCGGUGUCCGGACAAAUAACCCCGAACAAAAAAUCCCCACAAAUUAUCCCUGGACAAAAAUCCCCGGACAAAAAAUCCCCACAAAAAAUCCCGGACAAAUAAUCCCCACAAAUUUUUUUGGACAAAAUAUACCCACAAAAAAUCCCCAAGAAAUAUUUGCUGCCGAAUAGUUCUAGAAUUUUCCUAAAACUUUCCCAAAUUUCGAAUUCCAAUUCCAUGCUCAAAACUUCAAAAUGUAUAUGACAAAAGAGUGCGCUUUUUCAAAAAUCGUGGAAGAUAAUGGGGAAUGAGCUAAGGCCCCGUUCUCUUGACAGGCGCUUGACAACACGCGUCAAGCGCCUGUCAUGGGAACGGAGCCUUAGUUCAUUCCCCAUAUCUUCCACGAUUUUUGAAAAAACUCACACUCUUUUGUCAUGUAAAUUUUGAAGUUUUCAGCAUGGAAUUGGAAUUCGAAAUUUGGUAAAAUUUCGGGAAAACUUUUAGAGAACUAGUCGGCAGCAAAUAUUUCUUGGAGAUUUUUUGUCCGGGAUUUUUUGUGGGGAUAUUUUGUCCAAAAAGAUUUGUGGGGAUUAUUUGUCCGGGAUUUUUACUUGGGUAUUUGGCCAGCUCAUCGUCGCGGAAUAAAGGAAAAAUCCCUUAUUCACUUACAAUUAGUAGUUAGUACAUUAUACAAUUUGCUUCUUCUUCUUACUCUUCUUUAGUUAACUGAAAAUUUUGGUUGGUGUGGGACAAACAUAACAAGAUAAACAAUUUUCACGCUAGGGGCAACUGCCCAUCAAUACACAAUCUUCUUUUUCUUCUUUGGUUUAGUAGAAAUUUUGAGUUGGCAUCGGACAAAUACAACAACUAAACUUUUUUUUAACGAUAUUUAACUUUUUCUCUCAAGGACAACUGCCGACCACUACACAAUCUUAUUCUUCUACUUCUUUUUUAUUUUACUGGCAAUUUUGAGUUGGUAUGUGAAAAAUACAACAAAGACACAAACUUUUUUCUUUCCGGGGUAAAUGCCGACCAUUACACAAUCUUAUUCAAUAGGUUUUAUUUAUGUAGACUUGAUAACAACUAAAAAAAUAAUCAGGUACCUGGAUUUGUCAGAGUCUCGAGAUAAAUCUUAUUUCGUCAGCUACAGAUUUAAGACUUGAAUCCACAUUAAUCAAAAUGAUGUCAAGUCUAAGUUGGCAUAAUGACAAUAUCAAUAUUAUACCAUUUUAUCCUAAAUGCUUCGAUGAAACUUUUUUUAACUACUAAAGCUCCAACUCGUGAUAAUUGUAUUCCGUAUCUUCGUCUUCAGCUGUGGACAUUAAACGAGAACGUAUAUACUUCAAAAAUUUUAAAAAUAAAUGUACCAAUUGGUUGUUCUGGACUUUGGCAGCAAUGUAUAUAUAAUUAUAUCAAAUUCCAUCACAACCAUUUCAUCAUUGAAUCAUAUCCGUAACUUGUAAAUGAGAACAUUUUCCUUUUUCCGAAGUAAGUUAGAUGGUGUCAUCAAUUUUUAAAAUGAAAACAUAGACAGUUUCUUAGUAACGAUGUUAAAAUAAGAUAUGCAAAUUAGUAAAGUGUAUUUGAAUCAAAUGUUGUGAAACCUUUAAGACUUUCUUACUAGUCCAGAUGCUAGUUUAACAAGCCCCGGAUAGGUCGGAAGAAUGCGCAUUCGAAACAAAAUGUAUUACAAUUUAAUUCAUGUCAAUCUGUUACAGUAGAAAUAAUUAUUUAAUCGCAACUGUUACGGAACAAAUGUUUUACUUUACCAAAAAUGCAAAAAGGAGAAUGGAAAUUCACAGCUCCGGCUAAGAAACAUUAAAUUUUAUUGAAAACUCUUAACUCAAAGGGGAGUAUACUGUUAGCGCAAGAAUAUACUGAAGACUUUAAUUUCGCCAGGACUCAGUCUAUCUGUUCCCAAAACAUUCAACCACUAACUGUUUUAUAGAUGCAUAUAAUAUGAUAGAACUUUUUGGAGGACUUAAAGGAAAAUAAAUAUUUUUGAGAUGUUUUAUUAUAGUAUAUCAAUAUUAAGAAUUCGGUUGAGUACUAAAUAAUUAACCUUGUAACGAAAUCCUAAACCCGAAACUAAAGGCAAAAAAUCAGUUUUAUGUUUAAUAAUAUAUGUUUAUUAAUAAAUAGGUAAAUACAGUAAAACUUACUUGGAAAGUCGUAAGUUAGUAAGCAGAUGGAGCCUAAAUUCAUUUAAUGAGAGACAUAAUACACUGGGGUGCAAAAUUAACCGGACACCUUAAAAAUUGGUCAUUUUUGAUGACUCGAAUUUCCUAAACCUGUAAAUUUUCUUUAAAAAUAUCGCUGUAAUAAUAUUGUUGCUAAACAGGUAAAUUUUCAUUGUAUACCGGGUGUACCAAUGAAACUCUGUUUUUUUUCUCAAACUUCGCAUCACCCUGUGGAAUAUUCUAGCAUUUCUGAAAUACUCAAAUUAAAAACCAACUAUAGCCUCAUGUUUUCUCAACAUUCUGUUUUUUGCCUCAUUCGCCUCAUAUGUUGCACCAUAAAAAAGUUAGGUACUUUAACAAUUAGCCAUUUUUUUCAUCAAUACAGGGUCUUUUUAAAUAAGUAUGACAAACUUUAAGGGGCAAUUCUACAUGCAAAAAUAAUGACAGUUUGCAUUAUAAACGGUAUGUCCGCAAAUGCUUCGUUUCUGAGAUAGAGGGUGUUGAAGUUUUUCUUACAAACUCAAGAUUUAUUUAUCGCUUUAAAACCGGUUGAGAUAUGCAAAUGAAAUUUGGUGGAUUUUAAGACGUAGUUAUUAUACAUUUUUUGACAUACAAGUAAGAAUUUAAUAUUCACCAAUGGCACGCAUACGGGUAAUAUGAGCCGUCAUAUUACCCGUAGGCGCGCCAAUGGUGAAUAUUAAAUUCUUAAUCGUAUGUCAAAAAAUGUGCAAUAAAUACUUCUUAAAAUCCACCAAAUUUCAUUUGCAUAUCUCAACCGGUUCUAAAGCAAUAAAUAAAUCGCCACUUUGUAAGAAAAAUUUCAACGCCCCCUAUCUCGGAAACUAAGCAUUUGCAGACAUACCGUUUAUAAAGCAAACUGUCAUUAUUUUUUCAUGCAGAAUUACCCCAUAAAGUUUGCCAUACUUAUUUAAAAACACCCUGUAUUGAUGAAAAACAUGGCUAGUUGUUAAAGUACCUAACUUUUUUAUGGUCUAUCGUAAGCGAAUGAAUAAAAAAACAGAAUGUUGAGAAAACAUGAGACUAUAGUUGGAUUUUAAUUUGAUUUAAUAAUAUCUAUGUAAACAGAACAAUUUUUAUAAAGAGGCAAGAAGUAGAUUGGUUAAGAUAUAUAGAAAUUCUUGAAAAUGAAAUAAGUAAUAGCAAAAUUAAUAAAACGGCAAAUGUUACUAGAAAAGAGAAGAAACGAGAGACAGCGAAAAAAUGACUAAUUGAUGCUUUUAAAAUGAUGAUAAUGUUAAUCAUUUUAAAAAUUAUAUAGACAGAAUGCUAAAAAUUGAAAGUAAUGUAGGGGAGAACCUUAAAAUAGAAUACCUUGUAAUUUUUAAAUUACAGAAAUACAUUUUGUAUUUAAAACCGCUAGAAAAAUAAUUAUCUCUAAAGCUCUAACGGUUGGUGGAAUAUUUACUUUAAAGACCAAAGACCCUAAAAUAUAUCGGUCGAUGAGCAGCGUGAAAAUGUCGAGAUGACGGGCGAGAUGAAAGUCUUCAGUAUAUUCUUGCGCAUAGGGAAAUUGCUUCUUCCAAAAUGUGUCCAUUUACCAAUAAAAAUAUUCUGUAAUGGCGCCAGGUAUUCGAUUAUUGCAAUGAUUGUACCCUAAAAAUACCAUCAUUGUACUUAAACAAGACUAAAUACCAAAACCAAAACAAAAAAUUCAGAAUAUUCACGGAUCAUAGAUCACUUUUGAACAAAAUACGCCCAGGAGUGAUAAAUAUGUGGUAAAAUAAAUCAACAGACAAAAUGAAACAAUAUAUUUGAAGGGAAAUUUAAAAUUUUACAAUUUUAAAAUUGUGACAAACUAAUUUUUAACCAGUCUUUUACAUAUUUAAAUGCAAGUUAAUUUCAAAGUAAAUCGGUAAAAAUCUAUAUUGGACCCUUAUGAUCGCUUUUAUUGACCAGACAAAAAAUUAUCGGAUAAUUCAACACAUGUUUACACAUCACCUGUCCCUCUCUAUUAUCCCAUCACUUUCGACUCGCUACAUUGCAUCUAAGUUUAUGGGUAAAAGUGCAUAUAUGUAUGUUCAACAUGUUCGCAAAUGGUGUAUAGAAUUCAGUGAAGGCCCAACGGAAAUUCACGAUGAAUUUGAAGGUCUUCCGCUCAGAUCUUUACUAAAUUCUGUACACCAUUUGCGAAGAUGUUGAACAGAUAUGCACUUUUAUCCAUAAAAUUCGAUUAACUGACGAUGAAUGUCAAUCCAUUUUGCAUUUAAAAAACGUAUCACAGCAUGAAUUUCACAUUGGCAGUAACAGCGACAGGGACCUCCAUCUUCGAAGGUUGCUAGGCCGAUACUGAGCAAUGCAGCGAGGCGAGACUGGUGGGGUAAGAAAGAGGGAGAGUUGAUGUGUAAGGCUUCUCCCAGCAUUGCAUUGGGAACCUUUUUUACGAUUGGCCCACGUAUUUCAAGUGAAUCAUCAAUUUUAAUUCAUACGCAGAGUUAAGUGCAUUCUUCUGAACUAUCAGGUGGGGUAGCUUCUCGACUAUAUAUUAUUACAAAGCGAAACCUCAAUUUUACAUACAGAUUUUGGUUGUUAAAACUUAACAAAUUGAAAAUAUUUUUUUAAAUUAUUUAAAAACUAAACGUACAUUUCUAAGCACAAAAAAUUCAUGAGAAAUAUCCUUUUAUGUACAUUUUCACAUAGAAAUAUUUAUAAUUGUAUGUCGCUUUUGUUUAUUUGUAUUUAGACAUUAUUGUAAAAUAUCGGUACUUGUUUUCUGUUCUUCUCAAAUAUGUAAAUAUAUUAAUUAAAAAAAAACAAUUACACGAAUAUACAGAUAGGAAUGAUUGCAAUCAAUUAGUCUAAGAGCUAGCAACGUUUUCGAGAAAGAAUUUUAAGAAAGCUGGUUUUUUAAUACAAGGUGUUUCAUUAAGAAUUGUUCAUAUAGUAACUGGAGAAACCUUAGCACAAAAUACAAAGAUUUAACCUAAAACACUUAAAUUAAAUAUUCCUCCUUACCUAGAUACAGAGUGUUUUAUUACAAAUAUUGUAAAAUGAUUCUAGCUCAUUGUUUUAACACCUUCCAAUAUUUUUUUGUUCAAGCUUGACAGUUUACACAUGUUAGGAUACUUUAACUAGUGUUAAAAGAUAGUUUUCCGCUGUUAUCAAAGGCGUGCUGUAGAGAUAUAUACUUCCUUUUACCCCCUUUUCCCUUUCACAAUCUACGCCACUGUCGUAAUAACCAUUUCAGAAUAGCUUUUUGAUUCUUCGUUACCUUUACGUAAAUAUCAUCCUUUUGUCUCAAUGCGAUAGAGUAGUUUUCAAGUUAUUUGCGUUUAAAGUCAAUGUAUUCAAUAAUAUGUGUUUAAAAUACAUAAUCUUAUUGAAUCCAUUACCUUUAAACGCAAAUAACUUGAAAACUACUUACUCUAUCGCAUUGAGACAACAGAUACUUACGUAAAAAGUAAAGAAGAAUAAAAUAAACAUGCUCAAAUGGUUAUUACGACAGUGGCGUAGAUUGUGAUGGGGAAAGGGGGAAAACGUAAGUAUGUAUCCCUACAGCAAGCCUCUGGUAACAGCGAAAAAAUUAAUCUCAUAUAUAUUGUAAGAAACAGAGAGUUAAUGGAAAAUGUUAUCGCUAACAUCCAUUAGUGAAUUUGCAUUUGAAGAAGAAGAAAGUAUCCUAACAUGUGUAAACUGUUUGUCAAGUUUGAACAAAAAAUAUUAGAAGGGUGUUAAAACAAUGCGCUAAAAAAUUUUAGAAUAUUUGAGGGGACCAGACGUAAAAGGAUUUAAGUGCAGUUUUGGUAGUUCUGAGAUAAUCAGCUUCAAAGUUGUUUCGAGUUUUAUAAAUUCUAUGAGUCAUUAAACUAAAAUUUGUCUAGUGUACAAUGUACUAUAAAGUGAUAAAAACAUAAGGGUAUAUUAUUACCCUUACUAUAUCCUUCCUUUUUUUCAAAUAUUAAAAAAAUGUACUUGAAUCGGUACAUGGUGUUAAUAAAUGUUACUGGUAAAACGGUUCAAGUGCAGAUGUUAACUACAUAUUACUAAUCAUUUUUGUCCCAGCUGUUAUCCACAGUGUAACUACAACUGGCACGUUGCAUAAUACUUAAUUAGUCUUCAAAAUUGGUACAAAUCUAAUAUUUAUUUACUUGAAAUUAAUCCUGUAUUAGCAUGUGUUUACACAUUACAAAAUACUAAAAAUAGUUUUGUGAUAAAAUGGUUCAAGCGCACUUAAACCCGUUUCUUACUAUUUGUUUUUACAGAAUACUAAAAAUAGUUUUGUGGUAAAACGGUUCAAGAGCACGGAUAAACCUGUUUACUACCAAAGCAAACUGCAAUUGUUUUCAUUGAACAAAAUGUAAUGGCGAUAGAUGGCGCCUGUAGGGCGAAAUAUGCUUAGAUCAAUUUACCACCAAGUUAUUAUACCAUUUAGGUAUGCGAAUCUGUACUUAGGUCAGAAUUUGAAAAAAGGGCACUUAAACCCUUUUACUUUCAAGCCCCUCAUUUGUAAACACUCUGUAUCUCGGCAAGCAGGAAUAUUUUAUUGAAUUGUUUUAGGCUGAAUCUUCGUAUUUUGUGCUAAGGUUUCUCCAGUUACUAUAUGGACAAUUCUUAAUGAAACACUCUGUGUUAAAAAACAAGCUUUCUUAAAAUUAUUAUUUUUCCGACGUUGCCAGCUCUUAGUCCAACAUGUUAACUUAGUUAUCUGGAAAUGUUGCAAUUAUGAAUAUUAGAAGUUAAAAUAUAUGACUUUAAUUAGUGACUAACAUAAACUAAAUUCGAAUGGACGUUGUAGACGGCACAUUGGUCAUUUGGUUUUAAAACUUGGCUAAAAAAAUCUAUCUAUAUUAUGUUUGGUCUUACCUUUUUAUAUAGUGUGCUGUAUGAAAAUCGUUUUAUAUUAUUGUUUAAAAUAAAAGCCUGUUUUAAUACAA